AAUUUUAAAGUGUGAAGCAGUGUUUACUUACUUCACAAUGGAGACACCGUUGCUGAAUGGCUACUCCGGCUCCGGCGAACGCAACGACCUUAUCGGGGCGGACGGGGACUACCGUCCGGCGAAAAGUACAAAGGAUUGGUGGGCAAUUUUCUGUGUGGAGACAUUGAAACUGUGGAGAAUUGGAGGUCCUAUAGCAUUCAACAUAAUCUGCCAAUAUGGAGUGAAUUCUCUUACAAAUAUAUUUGUUGGACAUCUUGGAAAUGUUGAGCUCUCUGCUAUUUCUAUUGCUCAGACUGUUAUUAGUACUUUUUCUUUUGGCUUCAUGAUGGGAAUGGGUAGUGCAUUGGAGACACUAUGUGGCCAGGCAUAUGGAGCAGGGCAAGUUCACAUGUUGGGCGUUUAUAUGCAACGAUCCAUCAUAAUCCUGCUAGCUACUUGUGUCUUUCUAUUGCCCAUUUACUUAUUCACCACUCCACUUCUCGUGUUGCUAGGCCAAGAAACUGCAAUAGCGGACCUCUCUGGAAGAUAUACCAUGUUACUCAUCCCACAGUUGUUUUCACUUGCUAUCAAUUUUCCUACUUCCAAAUUUCUUCAAGCUCAGAGUAAAGUGGAUGUUCUCGCUGGGAUUGGAUUCGCAGCUGUGCUGGUGCACGCUUUGUUCCUCUGGCUCUUUAUAUAUACACUUGAAUGGGGUACUAAUGGUGCUGCUAUAGCCUUUGACCUCACGAAUUGGCUUACUGCGAUGGCUCAAUUAGCAUACGUUGUUGGAUGGUGUAAGGAUGGGUGGAAAGGGUUGUCGUGGUCAGCGUUCAAUGAGAUUUGGGCAUUCGUGAGACUUUCUAUUGCUUCAGCUGUUAUGUUAUGCCUUGAGAUUUGGUACAUGAUGAGUAUUAUUCUCCUUGUUGGCCAUCUUAACAACGCCGUCAUAGCAGUUGGCUCCAUUUCAAUUUGUAUGAACAUCAAUGGAUGGGAGAGCAUGCUUUUCAUUGGAAUUAAUGCUGCCAUAAGCAUCCGAGUCUCAAAUGAACUGGGGCAAGGACAUCCAAGAGCUACCAAAUACUCGGUCUACAUCACGGUGUUUCAGUCCCUCCUAAUAGGGAUACUCUGCAUGGUAAUUGUACUAGUAGCUAGAGAUCAUCUGGCCAUUAUCUUUUCAAACAGCAAGGAGAUGCAAGAAGCUGUUGCUGAUCUUGCUUACCUUCUAGGGAUUACCAUGGUCCUUAAUAGCGUUCAGCCGGUUAUAUCAGGGGUUGCUGUUGGAGGUGGAUGGCAAGCUUUAGUAGCUUAUAUCAAUCUUGGUUGCUAUUAUGUUUUUGGACUCCCUCUUGGAUAUCUUCUUGGUUAUGUAGCAAAAUUAGGAACAAAGGGACUUUGGUUAGGGAUGAUAGCAGGGGCAGCUUUGCAGACUCUUCUACUCUUGAUUAUACUGUAUAAGACUAACUGGAACAAGGAGGUUAACGACACGACGGAGCGUAUGCGCAAGUGGGGAGGUCAAGAUUUUGAGACACAGAAAUCUGCAGAUGGGCAGUUAACUAUUGAGAAUGGUGGUGUUGCUUAAGUUUAUGAUUGAUUCAUUGAAAUAAUGUAUUUUUUCUUGUUUAUGUUUGAGUUUGAAACUUGUAAAAUCUGUUUCUUUUGUUAUACACUCAGCAAUAGAAAUGUGGAUUUUCAAAU